AUGGCUAGCCCAAGCCCCCCAGUUGACACGAACGACCGCUCUCUUGUAGCUCAACCUGAGACGAUCGACGUUGAUACUAGAGACGACCAAGAUUCAGCAUUCGAGUCCUUCCUCCGCGUUGGCCAAGACUCAACUGCCUCGAUAACUACCAGUAUUCUGCGUUAUCGCCAAGAGAAUGGCCGAACCUACCAUGCGUAUAAGGAUGGUAAAUAUGUGAUACCUAAUGAUGCCGCCGAGAACGAGCGCCUCGACCUGCAACAUCACCUGUUCCUCCUAACGUUCAACAAUAAUCUUUACCUCAGUCCGGCGGGCCGCGACGGGCAUCAGUUACGACAUGUUCUGGAUGUCGGCACCGGGACGGGUCUCUGGGCUACGGACUUCGCGGAUGAGCAUCCCGAUACGUCCGUGAUUGGUGUCGACCUCAGCCCCACCCAGAGUCCCUUCAUUCCGCCCAAUGUUUCGUUCCAAAUUGACGAUCUUGAAGAUAACUGGACCUUUAAUACCAAGUUUGACUUUAUCUACAGUCGCAUGAUGACGGCCGCCUUCGCGGACUGGCCCAAGUUCUUCAAGCAGGCGUACGACAAUCUCAACCCCGGCGGCUGGAUCGAACUUUGUGACAUCUGUCCCGUCACUUCUGAUGAUGGUACGACGAAGGAUACGCAUUUGUCCACCUGGGUCACGGAACUUCUGGACGGUACUCGGAAAAUUGGCCGACCCUUCGACGGCGCCUUUGAGUAUAAAAAGCAGCUUGAAGCACAGGGCUUUCAGAAUGUCACACAGCGCGUAUUCAAGUGGCCUCAGAAUACGUGGCCAAAAGACCCCAAAUUCAAGGAACUAGGGGCGUGGACCCUUGAAAAUAUUGAUUCGGGCCUCGAGGGCCUCAGUGCUGCCGUGUAUACCAGGGUUCUCGGUUGGACCAAGGAAGAACUCGAUGUCACUCUUGCGUUUGUCCGUCGGGACCUGAGAGACCUCAAGAUUCAUGCAUAUUGGCCAAUCUAUGUUGUCUAUGGACAGAAACCGGAAGAAUGA